AUGUCACCAGCCUUAAAUCCACCUUUAACACCCACACACUCAUCCCCCAUAACCAACUUACGAACUGGCAAAUUUCGCCUCAACUCCAUAUUCCACAAUCAACAUGGCCUGAAGAAGGACGUCGGACCAAUGAAUCUCAGUUGGACAGGUGAAAUGGACGAAAAGGUCAUCGUCCAGUCUGGGAUAUUGAAUGAUACUCAUAAAGUGACCAUGCUUAACAUACUUUCUCUCGUUGCUAUCACUCCCACCAUGGCGACCACAGAAGAUGGAAAACAUAGUACAGUCGAAAGUGAAAGUGUCAUCGAGGUUUUCCCGUAUUCACUUAAAGGAACGAAUCGGGAAAAUUGUACUGAAAGUUUAUCCAAAAAGUUCGAAUCUAAUUAUCUAGCUAAGGUGUUAUUGUCUGAUAGAGCCGAUAAGGGAAUUUCCAUCAAAAUGGCUGCUAACGAUAAGAGUGAUGAAUACAUAAUGAACGAUAGGUUGAAAGAUAUCUUUCAAGCUGACCAAAAGGUAAAUGGAGUAGAAGGAGAUAGCCACAAGGACGGUGACCUCAGUUGGGAUGAUCUGCUAUAUGGACAAGGAUGUAUGAAAUUAUUUUCAAAAGGAUCGAUGAUUGUCGAAAUGAAGGAUCAAAUCCUUGCGGCGACUCCAUGA